UCAUCGGUGAAGUCCAGAAUCUGAUAAAACUUCAUACUCAAUUGUUCGUGAUCCACAAGUCAGAAAAGAGGUCUUGAUAAGCAAGCACUCUCAGUUACCUCGCCCAAGAAAUGUUCUUUUCUUCAUAGCUCAAAACAACCAAGCAUCUUAACCCUCUCCCAAUGGCCCAAUACCUGAUCCACAUGCAUUCGAUACGAAAAGGAAACCACUACUACUCCCAGAAUCUCCCCCUGUUCUUGCUCCAAUUCAGGAGCAGGAGGCAACAAUGGGCUGCUCCUCAUCGAAGCUGGACGAGGAGGCGGCCGUGAAGACCUGCCACGACCGGAAGAGCUUCGUCAAGAAGGCGAUCGCGCAGCGGGGCCUCCUGGCCUCCUCCCACGUCGCCUACGUCCAGUCGCUCCGCCGCGUCUCCAUGGCCCUCUUCUACUACUUCGCCGAGGACGAGCACCUCUACUUCCUGCAGGAGCAAUCGUCGUGUCUACACCACCCGAGCUCGCCUGAGAAGGUUCUUGUCAUCAACUGCCUGAGGCCGGCGAGGGCUCCGGUGCACCCGGUGGUGGAACAGUGGGACCCCGAAGCCGUCGAGACCGCCACGAUCGACAGAUUCUUCGGGCUGGAUCACCAGUUCAUCCAUCCUUCAUCCAUUGAUUCGAUGAACGACACACCGAUAUCGCCGCGGCCGCCAAGAUGGGAACUCCCUUGGGACCCUUUCUCUUCGCUGAACGAUCAUCCCCUGUAUGCGGAUUACGGCGUCGAAGGCAUAAAGGUUGGUCAGGCGGAAGACGAGCAUAUACCGGAGCUGGAGGAGGAGAGCGAUGACGACGAUGGCGAUGAUCACCCAGAAGGCGAAACAGAGGAGGAGGAGGAGGAGGAGGAGGAAGAGAAGGGUGAACAGGCGGAUGCAGCGCCACCGGAGGUGGCGCCGCGUAAGGAGGAGGAGAGAAAGGUGGGUCAUGUGAACAAUGAGCUGCGAGUGAUGGCCAGUGCUGAUGCUGAGCAGCGUGGCACCCCCGGCUUCACCGUGUACGUCGACCGGCCUCCGACGAGCAUGGCGGAGGCCAUGAAGGACAUCCAGGGUCAUUUCUUGAAGAUCGUUGACACUGCCAGUGAGGUGUCCGUGUUGCUGGAGGUUGUUCCCUACCAUAGGAGAGUUCAACCACCUGCCCCGAGGGAUGACGGCGACGAGCAGGGCGCCCCCGAGAUCCCGCCGGAGCCGUUCGAGCUGUUCCAGAGCCACAAGGAGAGCCUUGACAGGCUCUACGAGUGGGAGAAGAGGCUGUACGAGGAAGUCAGGGCAGGGGAGCGAGUCCGUCUGGCGUACGAGAAGAAGUGCGCGCUGCUGAGGAGCCAGGACGCCAAUGGCGCCGAGCCGUUCGCCAUCGAGAAGACGAGAGUGGCCAUCAGGGACCUCCGGACAAAGCUGGACAUCUCCCUCACCUCCGUCGACGCCGUGUCGAAGAGAAUCACCGCGGUGCGCGACGACGAGCUCCUGCCGCAGCUCAUGCAGCUCGUCCGAGGGUUGGCAAGGAUGUGGAGGGUGAUCGCCGACGCGCACCGAGUGAUGAAGCGCACGGCCGACGAGGCGACCGCGCUGCUCACGUCCUCAGCGGCCGCCGCAGCAGCCGCGCGGCCGGCUCUGGUAGGCGAAGGAGGUAUCAGGGCGGGCGCGCUCGGCGCGGAGCUCCGUGGCUGGCGCGCGGCGCUGGAGGCCUGGGCCGAGUCGCAGCGCUCGUACGCGGCCGCGCUCUGGGGCUGGGCGCGGAGCUGCGUCAAGGACGGCGAGGACAUGCCGCGCCUGAUCGUGGGCUGGGCGCGCGCGGUGGAGUCCGUGGACGUGGACGCGGCGACCAGGGCCGUGGACGCCGUCGCGGCGGAGGCGGCCGCCAUCGCGUCCGCGGCGAAACGGCAGCGCGGCAGCGAGGAGUGGUUCAACGAGGAAGAGGCCAAGAAGAAGGUCUGCCUCGGGCUCACCACCGCGCUGGCGGCCAUCGCCGAGGCCGGCGGCUGGGCCGUCUUGGCGUACGACGAGCUGCUGCUGGAGAUGGAGAUGGAAGCGAGGGGGGAACGGGAUAGAGAGUUGGCGGGAAGGGACGACGAAUCAAUCCAAAACUAA